UUGCCCACACCGAGAAAAUAAAAAUAAUAAUAAGAAAGAAGACUUAAGAGCAGAGCAAAGAAUACUAAACCAGGAAUCAACUAUUAAUAUCGAGUUGAUGACUAAUUUUUUUCUUGUAGUUUAAGAAAAAAGAAUAUACAAAUACCAAUUGAACUCAGCCAUCUCUAAUUCUGAUCUAGGUUUUGUUCUUGUUCAUCAUUCUCAGCUCCCAGGUACUAGAGAACCCUUAAAAUGGUGCUAAAUAAUUGAUUUCAUAUUCAGGAUAGUAAGGUUUUUAAUGACAUCAAGAGCUUUGAGAAGAAGGCUCCAUCAUUCAGAUGUUGAUGGAAAAAGGCAUGAGCAUUUAGAGACAUCUGGCUUAGAUGGAUUGGAUGAGCCUCUACUUGGGAACCAUAGAUAUGACGAAAGGCGUUCAGAGGGUUCUCAGCUUGAUGAUCUCUUAGAUGAUGCACGGAGGAAGGAACACCUACAGUGGACCUUCAUAUUUUCUCAGUUAAUUGCACAAUGGGCGCAGUGGUUUGCAAAUAUUGUAAUUGGACCUGUAUCCUUCAUUGGGUGGCUUUUUACCCUUCCUUCUGCUACGCAAAAUAGACAAAACAAUAAUUUGCUAAGAGCUCCGCUUGGUCCUUUACAGGAAGAAAGACUUAGAAACUUACGGCAGAGGCUUGAAGUCCCGUUUGAUGGUUCUCGUAUGGAGCAUCAAGAUGCUCUGAAGCAACUAUGGAGAUUGGCAUAUCCUGCUAAAGAGCUUCCAUCUCUUAAGUCAGAACUUUGGAAGCAGAUGGGUUGGCAAGGAUUAGACCCCUCAACAGAUUUUAGGGGUGGCGGGUUCAUAUCAUUGGAAAAUCUGAUCUUUUUUGCUCAAAAGUAUCCAGAAUCAUUUCAAAGGUUGUUGAACAAACAGGAUGGAACUAGAGCUGAGUGGGAAUAUCCCUUUGCUGUAGCUGGAAUUAACAUAUCUUUUAUGUUGGUACAGAUGUUAGAUCUUCAAUCAGGAACAUCAACUUCUGAAGUGGGAAUUCAUUUUCUGGAACUACUUAAAGAAGAUGAAAUGGCAUUUGAUAACCUUUUUUGUGUAGCCUUCCAAAUGAUGGAUGCUCAAUGGCUUGCAAAGCGAGCUUCAUAUAUGGAAUUCAAUGACGUGCUGAAGUCCACCAGAGCCCAGUUAGAGCGUGAGCUUGCACUUGAAGAUGUUUCUAGUGUGAAAGAUUUGCCAGCAUACAACCUCUUAAGAAGAUGAUCUUUUACCUCCUUUCGUUUUUCAUUCUGCAACACAUCAUAGGACACCUCUCUCACUCAAAAUUUAUAAUAUCAUUGUAUUUUUUUAAUUAAAUAAAAAAAAUGAAUAAAGCCUUAAAAUAAUGUAGAUGCAGUAUUGUUUCUAACGGUAAACUCUUACUCGUAGCAAUUUAGAAACAAACUAAUUUGGUUAAUUAAAAAUAAUAAUACAAUAUUUAUCCCAGAAAAUACAAAUUAAGGUCUGCACAGCCUGCACUCUAAAGAAAGUAAAGACAUGUUAUUUUUCUUGUUCCCUCUGUUAAACUUGUGCUAGUAUUCUGGCUUAACUAUGCCGUGAAUUUGGCAUUUUCUUUGUAAGAAAAUUCAAUUUGUUUAUAUCUACUUGUAGAAGAGUGAAUAAUAUGGAAGACGUGCUUUUCAUUGU